CGCGGUCCCGCGGGUGACAGGGCGGGCGGGAAGGGGCGGGGCCUCGGGCGGGGCCGCUGGGGGAGGGAGGGGAGGAGUGGAGAUGGCGGCGGUGGCGGCGGCGGCUCAGGGGGGCGGGGGCGGGGAGACCCGGGGAGCUGAUGGGGUCGGCCCGGGGGUCUCAGGGGAAGUGGAGAUAGUGAAGGGGCAGCCGUUCGACGUGGGCCCGCGCUACACGCAACUGCAGUACAUCGGCGAGGGCGCGUACGGCAUGGUCAGCUCGGCUUAUGACCACGUGCGCAAGACUCGUGUGGCCAUCAAGAAGAUCAGCCCCUUUGAGCAUCAGACCUACUGCCAGCGCACUCUCCGUGAGAUUCAGAUCUUGCUGCGCUUCCGCCAUGAGAAUGUCAUAGGCAUUCGAGACAUUCUCCGUGCACCCACCCUGGAAGCCAUGAGAGAUAUCUAUAUUGUGCAGGACCUGAUGGAGACAGACCUGUACAAGUUGCUCAAAAGCCAGCAGCUGAGCAAUGACCACAUCUGCUACUUCCUCUACCAGAUCCUGCGGGGCCUCAAGUAUAUCCAUUCAGCCAAUGUGCUGCACCGGGACCUGAAACCCUCCAACCUGCUCAUCAAUACCACCUGUGACCUUAAGAUCUGUGACUUUGGCCUGGCCCGGAUCGCGGACCCUGAGCAUGACCACACUGGCUUCCUGACAGAGUAUGUGGCCACGCGCUGGUACCGGGCCCCGGAGAUCAUGCUUAACUCCAAGGGCUAUACCAAGUCCAUCGACAUCUGGUCUGUGGGCUGCAUUCUGGCUGAGAUGCUCUCCAACCGGCCCAUCUUCCCUGGCAAGCACUACCUGGACCAGCUCAACCACAUUUUGGGUAUCCUGGGCUCCCCAUCCCAGGAGGAUCUGAAUUGUAUCAUCAACAUGAAAGCCCGAAAUUACCUGCAGUCUUUGCCCUCCAAGACCAAGGUGGCCUGGGCCAAGCUUUUUCCCAAGUCAGACUCCAAAGCUCUUGACCUGCUGGAUCGGAUGUUAACCUUCAACCCCAACAAGCGGAUCACCGUGGAGGAAGCACUGGCCCACCCCUAUCUGGAGCAGUACUAUGACCCGACGGAUGAGCCAGUGGCUGAGGAGCCCUUCACUUUCGACAUGGAGCUGGAUGACCUACCCAAGGAACGGCUGAAAGAGCUCAUCUUCCAGGAGACUGCCCGCUUCCAGCCAGGGGCCUCAGAGGCCCCCUAACCUGGACAGACGUCCCUGCUGCCUAGGGCCUGGCCCUGCCUCCUGCCCACCCUCCCCUACUGGACUGUUAGAAAAUGGACACUGUGCUCUGCCCAGACCUCGGCAGCCCGACCACACCAAGGGUGGGCCUGGCCACCUUCUCUCCCUUUGCUGGGGUCUCCUGCUUCAGGCAGGCCAAAGUUCCCUCCCAUCCCCACCUCUUCCUCCUCUUCCCAGGGCCUAAGGGGCUCAGGGGCCCCACAGCAAAUCUCUCUCUUCUGCUCUGCCUUCACCUACCCCUCCUAGCCCAAUCCUAGACCAUUCUGGAAUGGAUGGGCUCUGGCUACACCAGGACCUACCGAGUAGGUAGGCACUGAGUAGGGACACAGGGCAAGCCCGCCCCACUCACCUCAUUAGACCCCCACCCCACUUUCCCUGAAGAACCAUUCCCAAGUCUCAAGGGCUAGUAUCCCUGAGGAGCCAGGCCUGGGCCUCCCAUGUCCCCUGAAAGCUGCCACAUUUAACACCCUUGCUGCUUCUGUGUGUGGGUGAGCAGAAGUGGAGGUGGGGUCCACCCACAGCUGGUGCCCCCACCCGCCUCCCCGUGCCUGUAUCUAAUAUA